AUGUCAGUGGUACGACCUGUGGCAGUCACAACCUGUGCAGUUAUGCGUAUCAUUCGUCCCCUCUUCUCUGUCGGGCAUGAACUGUGUGCAUCCAUCAUAAUAAUUCUUGAAAUGAAUCUUGUAACAUUCUCUAUAAAUCACAUACUCCGCGACCUUCACAUGAACCCGGCACGACCGCACCUCAGGUCCCUAACUCCGGCAUCUUCGCUUCGCAGUCCCCACUCCCCGCAUCUUCAAAAAUCCGAACUUCCAAGAAUCCAAGUUCCAACCCAUCUAAUCUUCCCACUUCGAAGCCUUUACCUCGCGUCCCUUGCGCCUUCCUCGCUGUCGCACUUCCAAGAAUCGCACGCAGAGGCAGUGUCCAGAAGGAUUUUUCUCCAUACUCCAGCCUACAGCUCCGCCGCUCUCCCGCACAAGCCUCUGCAGCCCACGGACUCUCCAGACUUCAGAGUCCAGUGA